AUGGAAAGAAGAAUUGCACCGGCUCUUCAGUUUUUAAAUAAGAAAAAACAUAGAAAAAAGUAUCAAAAUAGCGAUCAUGGAAGCUAGUUAGAAGUUUCAACUAACAGUCAUCUCUUCUCUAUAACUUCCCACUUUUCUAUCACAAAAAUUCUGUGGGAAAAAAAAUUAGAGAGAAAUUGAGCCAAAAUGGUGAUGAUGAAGGGAGAACAGUGGUCUAAUCUAGGCUCAACGAUGGCGGCCAUUAUGUUCGUGUAUGCCAUGUUGCGACAGUAUUUCCCUCCACAACUUCAGGACUAUAUCUUUCGAUAUGGUAAAAAGCUGUCGAAUUUCAUGUAUCCUUACAUUCAUGUAACCUUCGAUGAAUUCAUCGGCGAGAGGAUGAAGAAAAGUGAAGCCUUCUCAGCAAUUCAGAACUAUCUCAGUGACAAAUCUUCUGCAAACGCUAAGCGACUCAAGGCUGAUGUUGUUAAAGAUAGUCAGUCUUUAGUUCUUAGCAUGGAUUAUAACGAAGAAAUCACCGAUGAGUUUAAUGGAAUCAAGCUUUGGUGGUCUGCUAAACGAACUACUCCCAAAACACAACAGUUUUCAUUUUAUCCAGGCGCAGAUGAGAAGAGGUUUUACACUCUCAAGUUCCAUAAACGAGACCGGCAAGUCAUCACCGGAAUUUAUCUUAGCCAUGUGUUAAAACAGGGGAAGGCUAUCGCUGCAGAUAACCGGCAACGGAAGCUCUACUCGAACGGUGCAGGCCAAGGUUGGCUUGGUAACCGAAGUAGCACUACAUGGACACAUGUGGCUUUUGAACAUCCAGCAACAUUUGAUACAUUAGCAAUGGAUGAAAAGAAGAAAAGGGAGAUUAAGAAAGAUCUAGUGAAAUUCAGUAAUGGGAAAGAGUAUUAUGCUAAGAUUGGGAAAGCUUGGAAACGUGGUUAUCUACUUUAUGGUCCUCCAGGAACUGGCAAAUCCACCAUGGUUGCUGUCAUGGCUAACUUUUUGAACUAUGAUGUGUAUGAUCUUGAGCUUACAACAGUUAAGAACAAUGUGGAAUUGAGAAGGCUUUUGAUUGAGACAUCAAACAAGUCUAUCAUAGUGAUAGAGGACAUUGAUUGUUCUCUUGAUCUUACAGGCCAAAGGGAAGAAAAGAAGAAGAAGAAGAAGAAAGAUGAUAAGAACGAAGAGGGGGAUCCAAUUAGUGCAAUGUCGAAAAAUGAGGAGAGAAAAGAGAGUGAGGUAACACUAUCAGGGCUGCUGAACUUCAUUGAUGGAAUUUGGUCAGCUUGUGGGGGUGAAAGAAUCAUUGUUUUCACCACCAACCAUGUUGAGAAGCUUGAUCCAGCUUUAAUCAGGAGAGGGAGAAUGGAUAAACACAUUGAAAUGUCAUAUUGUAGGUUCGAAGCAUUCAAGGUGUUAGCAAAGAACUAUUUGGACAUUGAUUCUCAUCCACUUUUCGGAGAAAUUGGCAAUUUGUUAGAAGAAACAGAUAUGACACCUGCUGAUGUUGCUGAGAACUUGAUGUUGAAAUCUGAUGAUGAUGAUGAUGAUGAUGAUGAUGAAGUUGAAACUUGUUUGAAGAAUUUGAUUGAAGCACUUAAGACUGCAAAAGACGAAGCAAGCAAGAAAGCUGAGGAAGAUGCUCGUUUAAAGGCAGAGAAAGAACAGAAGGAAAAGGAAGAAGCAGAAAAGGAACAAUCUGUUAAAGAGGAUGUCACACAACAUGCAAUAUCAGCCAAAGAAGUGAAAGACAAUGGAGUCAUCCAUUAAAAGCCCUCGUCGAGAAACGGUGAGAUCUGCCACGAUAUACAUGUAAAAGGUCUAAAUCCAUAUUUAUGAGGUGCCAUAAAAUGGAAUAAAAUUGUGGUACUUUGGUAUCCAAGAUAUUCCCUUAUAGGUUUGGCUCACUAUUAUGACUAUUUGCAAUCUAUUUGGCCGGCCAUCUUUAUUGUUCUGAAUUUUCCAAGUGAACUAAUAAGAUACAUUACCAAUAGGUUGUGUUAGUUCUUACCAA